AUCUUGCAUACAAUUCUACUGUGCGUACGAGUGUUGUGAGACAUUGCAUUAUUCCAUAAUUGAGGAACUGUUGUGACCAUGUCUUCAUUGGUAUCAUUGGCAGAGGAGCUGCUAGCCCAGGCAAAAGAAAUUGAGCAACUGCUUAAGGAAAACAAUCUCCCAUCCACAUCUUUCGACAAAGACACUCUCGAGCUACUGCCGGACAAUGCCCAAAAGCUACGAUGGGACCUUCUUGAUACUAGCCACACCAUUACCCAACUCCUCAGAGGUGCUAGACUCUCUGGACUCGAUAUAGCUUUUGGGUGGACGGACCAACUUAUCCUGCGUAUAAUAUGGCGAUAUAAACUAGCUUCCGCUAUACCCAUUGAUGGUACUGCAACAUACGCUGAGAUAUCCGCCACCAGUGGGCUAGGAAGAUCUCUCGUUACGCGAACAAUUCGAUCAGCUAUGACGUUGAACAUAUUCGACGAACCGGUGCCAGGUCAAAUUUGCCAUACUGCCAUAUCCCGGCUGCUAGCUGCGGAUGAUGGCUACUACAGCGCCAUAGGUCUUCAACUCGAGGAUAUUGGCCCUGCGAGUUUGAAGCUGAUUGAAGCCUGGGAGAAAUUUGGCGACGAUGCUGGAGAGCCUGAUCAGAGUGCUUUCAGUCUGCAGAACGGUGGACGAUCUCUAUUCACCGUUUUGGCUGAGGAGCCGGAACGUGCUAAUCGCUUCGACGGGGCGAUGAAAUACUGCGUCGAAGAUAAAGACUUCAACUUCUUUGACAUUGUCAAUGGAUUCGACUGGUCUACACUAGAUAAACCCGGCGCUCGAUUGGUUGACCUUGGAGGUGGAUAUGGGCAAAUUUCUCAGGCCUUGGCCAAACAGACUCAAAAUCUGUCUUUCACAAUCCACGAUCUUCCACAUGUUGUGGAGAAGGGUCGAAAAAUGCUCCCAUCUGAGUUCAGAGAACGAAUCUCUUUCAAGGAGCAAAACUUCAUGGAAACCCAGUCAUCAGAAAACCCUCCAGACGCAUAUUUAAUCAGCAGAUGUCUUCAUAACUGGAGUGAUCACCACAGCGCGAUCAUCCUACGUGCUCUCAUCCCGGGCUUGCGAAAGGGCUCCAAGAUCCUAAUUUGGGAUUCCGUCUUGGAGGAUAGACCGGUCAAGAAAUUAUCCGGCAAGUUCAAUUUUCAGCAGGAUUUUAUCAUGGCAACAAUCUCAAAUGGAAAGGAUAGAUCAGCGGAAGAAUUUAGACGAGUCCUGGAGCUAAGCGAUUCUCGCUUCACUAUGGAAGGAGUACGAAGACCAGAGGGAUGUAAGCUCGCUAUGGUUGAAGUUACAUGGAACCCCUAGUAUUAGUCGCUACAAUAGUCAGGAGCCACGACCUUCGUGUCAUUACUAGCAUGAAUAGUAUGUAUUAUAGCAACGCUAUUCUCUUU